AUGUCUAAAUUUGGUGGUACAAAAAUCAGAAACAUGAAAGGGCCUGAUCCCUUUUUUCCGAAGACAAGAACUAAGACGGGAUGCUUUACUUGCAGAAAACGCAAGAAGAAAUGUGAUGAAUGCUAUCCUGUUUGUUCCGGUUGUGCUCGAAACUUUAUAUGUUGUAUCUGGCCCGAGAAUAAAGGCGAUUCUCUGCCCAGGGAUUUCCGGAUAACUUCAUCUACAGCUUCUGAUUUGCAGGCUGAAAGUGGAGGUCCCGGUGUCAGUUCUGAUAGCGCUUCGGAAGCUGUCCAGUCCACUUUUACCAUAUCGAAUAGCCUACAUUCUGUUAUUGAGACAGAUUCUUCUGUUGAUUUUAGCGAUUUCAAUGUGCCUAUAAAUAUGUGUUCGGUCAUCCCAUUGACUUCUUACAAGUAUGUUGUACCUCAGAGUGCCAAUGUUUCUUGUACUGUUCCUGAAAGUCCUGAUUGUAUUAUGUUCAGAGUUCGCUGCACACCGUUUGCAUCUCCAGAAGCUUCUUCUGCAUCCCUUUCUUCAUCUUCAUCUGUAUCGCCUGUUUCUGCCUCUGGUACUGGAUCUCCAAGUUUCGCUCUUCCUUUGGAUGAGUCAUUCACACAAUUGCAAAGUGUCUCACAAAUGUUCUCCUCCUUGCAUGAUAACCUUCGGUCAGCAAAGAUGUCGUGGCCAUCGAAUAGCGGCAGCCUCAACGAUAACCGCGAAGCCCUUUACGGCAGUUGUUUGCGCUCCUUUUUAUCUCCUUCUUCAUCAUCUUCUUUCGGCAGCAACAGCGGCAUCAAUUCCGAGGCAGAAAUACCUCCUUCAAGAAUCGCUGCAUUACGCGAGGUAUUUUAUGCGUAUGGAUCUGCAUGUAUUGCUAAGAAAUGUACUUCUUCAAGCCCCGGUGGUGGCGACUACUACAAUAAGAUUGCUGACCGGCAAUUUAAAAAGGCCAUCGAGCUGAUUAAGUAUCAAACUAAGGAAAACAUAUUAGGCAAAGCAACUAAAACAUCUUCUUCUUCAUCUUCCAAUGAUUGGUUGUUGGUCUCUCUUCGUACAAUGCAAUUGGUGCGCAGGUCAAUUGAUUUGAUCAGUGAGAAGUGCAUUAUGAGUCUAAGUUCAGCCUUAUGCAAGCAGUCUGUCACAGUUGAUCAAUCAUACGAUUCACAGAAGGCUGUGCUAACAAGCUUCCUUUUCAAUUACUCUGUUGGUUUGUACUUCUUACCAAAAGCUGCUCUGUCAGAAUUGGCAUCUCCAUUUGAAAUCUUCGAGCAGAAUAGAGAUCAGUUUAGCUCAAUUCUCUUCAGUAAAUCUUCUAAGCUACCAGGUAGUUGGCUCUACAAUGUUAUUACUGGUUCGAUAUUUAAUUGCUUCGAGAAUCUGUGCAAAUUAUUAUGGCUUUUGAGGCAGUUUAAGACUAUAAACAGCCGUCGCAGGACUUUAUUCUUGGGUCAAGUCAAGAGAGAUAUGACACUUAUUUGGACGACUUUGCAAACGUCUGAAAUUCAAUUGGAUUCUAUGCCUCAUGUGGGAGCCAGAUCUCUUUUGAUGUACGCGAAAUAUUUUCAUCAAGCAUUGGAGAUCUUGCAUAUCAAGCUCAGUGAUCCAUUGAUUAUCUCAACAAAUCCGGUGAUUUCAUUCUAUAUGGGACAGUUCAUCCACAUCUACCAGUCAGUUGUUCAAGAUGAAGCUGUAGCCUCGUGGCUAAAGGUGGCUCCGCUAUUGAUUGCGGGUUGCACUUCGAAAUCUUUAGAGAAUAGGGUUUUCCUUUCCAAAGAAUUUCAUUUGGUGGCACGCGACCUUGAUCUCGCUUUCUUCGAGAACGUGGCCAUGGAAAUGGAGGAAAGAUGGUGUGUAGAAGAAUCUGGAGGAAGCACGAGCUUCGACUGCCUUUUAAGUCGUGAGGGUUUCGACCAUCUAUGUAACUAG